AUGUCCACCCGCAAGAGAAAGAAUGACCCGGAGGAGGAGCUUCAGGCUCUCCCCAGUGACGAUAGCGAAGAAGAGGAAGAAUAUGAGGACUCUGAGCCCAAUGUCAGUGAUGAGGGCGAAGAGGUAGAUGAAGAGGCCGAGGCCGAGUCCGAGUCCGACGAAGAUGAAGAUGAGGAAGCUGAAGCCGAGGCUGAAGGUCCCCCAGCAGCCAAGAAGCAGAAAACCGCCCCCGCCGCUGACAAAACCGAAGUCACCGAGAACGGCGCCAACGGUGACAAGGAUGGCGAGGGGGAGGACGAAGUUGAAGAUGAUGAUGAUGAAGAAGCAGAGGCUGCCGACGAUGCAGAUGAGGAAGUUGAGGCUGCUGCUGAUACGGCGAAGACCAGCGGUCCUGCUGAGGCCGCGGCAAAGGCCAAGGGUGCUGAGGUCCCCAAGGAGUCGGAUCUCGCAGAGGUUGACGAUGCGGAGUAA